AUGCAGCACUCCUGCGAACAGAGCGCCGAGCGCACAGCCCGCAUCGCUUAUUCAGAGCGAUCGUACGGUGUGCAGGCGUGCCUCGCUGAAGGGACCCUACUCGGACCGCGAGCGGACCGCAGAGGGCUCCUCCGUCCCUGGGCCAUGGCAGGCUGUCUCGCCCUCGCCCGCGUUCUGUCCUGUCACACUUGUCUUCUCACACGCCGGCCACCACGAUCGCCCUGCACGGCGAGCUUGUCAUCGACCACAAGCAGCGGAACCGCCUUCCGGCGCGCCUGCAGCGGUAUUCGGGCACCCAUGGCGCCUGAGACGAGCUCGUACGUUGCAUCGGCGACCUCCAGCCGGUGCAGGGCGCUCCCGCAACGCGCCGCCGCGGCGACAGAGGUGAGCACGUCUCCACGCGGAUUGGCGAUCGACACCGCGCCAGUUCGGGUCGCCGGCCACCGCAUCCGCCGCACCUACGACCACGAGAGGGACUUCGAGGCCGUCAAGGACCUCUGCAAAAACGUCUACGGCGGCAAGGACUACCUCCCAGCGCUGCUCGAGGAAACCUUCGGGACAGACGCGGACAGCCCCACGCACGACGCCGCAGACAACAUCGUUUAUCUCGUCGUCACGUGCCCCGAGGGCGAGACGCUGGACGCCAUCAUCGGCAUCGAGCGCCAGGGCCUCGCCGCGCUGUGGCUGUUCGCGCUGCGCGUCCGCGAGGAGGCGCGCGGCCAGGGAUUGGGCAAGCUGAUGAUGGUGCAGUGCGACGACAUCGCGGACGACCUCGCGGCCUCCGGGGCGCUCAGCACGGCCGCGGAGGACCGCGCCGUGGGCGUACUGAGCGCCACGAUCGAGCCGAACACGGCGAUGAUGCGGAUCUUCCUGGACUGGCAGGGCUACCGCGUCAUGGCGCGGAACCACGUGUGGCCGCGGUGGGACGUGACGGCCGCGCAGGACCAGGCGAACGGCGGCGACCGGCUCGCGUGGCGCGAGUCGGGCCCGACGCUGGACUUCACGGGGCAGAGGGAGGCGGUGACGGCGGCUGCAAGCAGCGUGGAGGCGUCGCACGAGUGGGCGCGGGUGACGGACGGCGGUGCGCUGGUGACGGCGCUGGAGGAGCUGCAGGGACGCGCGGGGUCGCUGCGGUGCUGGAUCCCGGCGGAGUACGUGAUUUACGGCGUCGGGUCGGACAGGGUGGCGGGCUUUGUCCGCGGGGACGAGGUGUGCGGUGCGUGGCUGCUGCGUGAUCGCUCGACCGGCCGCGUGGAGGCGACGGCGGUGCUGCGGCGGUCGUUCGAAAUGAAGGGCCGGGUGAUCGUGGGAGUCGUCGCGCGGAGCGAGGCUGGCGUGGCGUCGGCGCUGCUGCUCGCCGACCGCAUCGCGCCCCGGUUCUGCGCCGUCGUGGACGUGGGAACGACGCAGGGGUGGCUGGCGGGGAAGGCGGGCCCGAUGCGGGAGCCGGAGCCCUGGCCGGAGGCGACGUCGACGGGUGGUGCUGACGUGGAGGAGAGUUCGCGACCCAAAGGGCUGGAGUUGCUGGAGCAGAUCGGCGGGUCUGACUUCUACGUAGUCGUCGAGCGUCGCUGUGCGGCACGGGGUGCGUGA